AUGGUCGGUGUUCCAGGACGAUCAAAGGCUUGCGCGACCUGCCGCCGCCGGAAGAAAGGCUGCGAUCUCAAGCGGCCGUCAUGUACGCAAUGCCGGCGAGCCGGCCUCGAGUGUGGCGGAUACGAGCGUGGACGCAUCUUUGUACAUUCGACGCAUAACCAUCCCCUUCGCUUCUCGCGCGAGAGAACCUCGACGCCCGGCUGCAGCAGCAGCAGCGACGGUGUCGACGAUGUCCUGGCUGCCUCGAUCGCUGCCACCACCGCCGCCAUCCAGGCAGACAAAGGAGCGUACCGCAGAACCAGCACCAGCCCCGGCACCAUCUCCAGCUACAGCAGCAGUCCGGUGCGGCGGCCGGCAGACUACCGCAUUGUGCCGGUAUGCUUCGGUACCGGCCAGGUCCAGCUGACGGCAGAACCGCGCUCCGACAGCGCUCUGCUCGGCUCGGCUCGUGAGGAGAACAUGCUGGCCACCUUCUGGCAGUCCUACCUGCCCAACAGCACGCGCUUCUCCAGGCAAGCGGCCGGCUAUGCCAGUGGCGGCUGGACCAACGUCGUCCAAGCACUCUACCGCAAGGACCACGUCCUACACUACAGUCUCAUGGCCAACUGCUUUUCUGCCAUGUCCCGCAUCACCGGCUCCCGCGCCAUGGCCGAGCAGAGUCUCCGCGCCCACGGUCGUGCCCUUCACCAGCUGCGCCUCGCCCUCAACCAGCCGCAAAAGGCUCGCAGCGAUACUGUCUUCUCGGCGCUGCGCCUCAUGAUUGUCUUUUCGAUGUUCUUCCCCGAUCGCUACGAGGGAGACCGGACAGCCCGCGUCGUCGGCUGGAGGGAGCACAACCUCGGUGUGCUUGCACUGCUCCAGGCCCGUGGACCAGAAGCCCACGUCAUGGGAGACGGUCACCAAAUGUUUGUCGACUGUCGUCUACCUCUAAUCAUCGCUGCUAUUCGCAGCCGCAAGAAGACGGUCCUCAACAGCCAGCCAUGGAUGACGAUCCCGUGGCGGGAGAUCCCCAAGACGCCCAAGGACCAGCUGAUGGACAUCAUGGCGGGCAUCCCCGGUGUCCUCGAGGACGUCGACGGGCUCGCCGGAUGGUACGAUGAAAACGUGCCGAUUGAGCGCAUGCAGGCCCUUGAGAAGAGCAGGUCUGACGGCCCGGUGUCGACCGAGGACCUGUCCAUCAUCUACAGUAUGAUCACAUUUUAUACUGCCCGCUUGCUGCUAUCCAUUUCCAUGCGCGUCCUCGCCGUCCCCGACCUGCCACCCCGCGCGAACCUGGUCCUUUGCGUCCGCAUGAUCGGCCGCUACCUCCGCUACUUCUUCCACCCCAGCACCGGCCAGUACGGCCUCGAGAUGAUCGCCUUCCCGUUCGGCAUCUGCCUCCAGACACUCUACUCCAACCCUCACAACACGGACAACUGUGAAGAGGAAAAGGCCGUCUUCCGGGAGCUCGCCGAGACCGACCGUGGCCACGAGAUCAUGGAGUUUGUCGGCACCAUGCUCAAGACCUUUCCUGUAUAA